CCCAUAGCGCUGCCUGGUGCCACCACCUGCACCCACCUUUCACACCAGGACAACACUCAGCUCACUGUAUUCACCAUCAUCGUAGACCACAAUGACCAUCAUCAGCACCAUAAAUUGCUACACCAAAGAGGUGAUGGUGAAGAGGACGAAGCGGUAUUUCACAAGGGCCCUGCACCGGAUGCAAAAGGGCCCUGGUUACACCUACAAGGAGCUGCUGGUCUGGUUUUGUAGCAAUACCAAUACUCAUGGGCCAAAGCGCAUCGUCACUGAAGGACCAAAGAAGAGAGUCAUGUGGUUCAUACUGACUCUGAUUUUUGCAGGCCUCACAUUCUGGCAGUGGGGGCUUGUGAUUCAAACAUACCUGUCCUACGGCGUCAGUGUGUCACUCUCUGUAGGCUUCAACACCAUGGUGUUCCCUGCUGUGACCGUCUGCAAUGCCAACCCCUUCAAAUAUUCACGUGUUAAGCAUCUCCUACAUGAUUUGGAUGAAUUGGUUGACACCGCUUUAGAUUGGAUUGAGUUUUCAACUCAGCAGGGCUCCAGCCUAUCGGCUCCCAACAGCACAAACCAGAAUGUGACCCUUGACCCGAGUCUGUGGAACCACAUGCCCCUGGUUGUCAUCGAUGAAAACGAUCCGAAUAAUCCAAUUGUCUACAACAUCUUUGAUGGCAGCACAGAUAAUUUCCAGGUCAAUAAUGCCACCAAAGCCAACCAGACCUACAAUGCCGACAGAUAUAAAAUAGCCAUACAACUGUGCACUAACAAUUACACGCAGUGUAUGUAUCGGAAUUUUACAAGUGGUGUCCAGGCGAUAAGAGAAUGGUACCUGCUUCAGUUCUCCAGCAUCUUUUCCAAAAUACCACUAGAAGAAAAGGUUAAAAUGGGGUACCAAGCAGAGGACAUGAUUCUGACCUGCAUGUUUGCAGGACACGCGUGCAGUUACAGAAAUUUCACUCAUAUUUUCCAUCAAGAUUAUGGAAAUUGCUACAUCUUUAACUGGGGACAAGAAGGCCAGGAGCUGCUGGAAUCUACUAACCCAGGAGCCGAUUUUGGGCUCAAGAUGGUCCUUGACAUUGACCAGGAGGAGUACAUUCCCUUCCUUCAGACCACAGCUGCUACCAGGAUGAUUCUUCACCAGCAGAGAAGCUUCCCCUUUUUGAAGGAUCUGGGGAUUUAUGCCAUGCCCGGAACAGAGACUUCUAUAGCCGUACUUGUGGAUCAAACAGAACAUUUAGAGGCUCCAUAUUCCUCAUGUACAGUAAAUGGAUCUGAUGUUCCUGUUUUAAAUAUAUAUUCAAAAUACAACAGUUCCUACUCUAUCCAGUCUUGCUUACGAUCCUGUUUCCAAGACAUGAUGGUUGAAUACUGCAAUUGUGCCCAUUACCUAUACCCACUACCUGAAAGUGCUCAUUUCUGUAAUAACAAGGAAGAUCCUGAUUGGGUGUUAUGCUAUUAUAACCUAAGGGACACUGUAAUAUAUAGAGAACACUGUAUUGACAUGUGUAAACAACCCUGCAAUGACAGUAAUUACAAAAUGACCAUUUCCAUGGCUGACUGGCCAUCCGCAGCAGCAGAGGACUGGAUUUUUCAUGUUCUCUCAUAUGAAAAAGACGCCAGCACUACCAUCACUGUGAACAGGAAGGGCAUCAUGAGGCUGAACAUCUACUUUGAAGAAUUUAACUACCGCAGUAUUUCAGAGUCAGCGACCACCAAUCUGGUGUGGCUGCUGUCCAACUUGGGAGGUCAGUUUGGAUUCUGGAUGGGAGGCUCAGUCUUGUGCAUCAUUGAGUUUGGAGAGAUCAUCAUAGACUGCAUCUGGAUCACUAUACUUAAGACCCUUGCUUGGAAGAGAGACAGGAGGUCGAAGAGGCGAAGGCCACAGUAUAAUGAUCCACCACCUACGGUGGCUGAGCUGGUAGAGUCCUACGCUAAUUCUGGCUUCCAGCACGAGGAUUCCGAUCAAGUUAACACGCCAAUACCUGGCACUCCACCUCCGAAGUACGACUCCCUACGCUUGAAAAAGAUAGACACCAUUGAUGCAAUAUCCAGUGAUGAAGAAUCAUAAUGUUGCAAUCCUGUA